CUCUCUGACUCAAAAGGUCGAUAUGAGUAAGGUAAAACUAGAUGUAAUAAAGCCAUGGAUAACAACGAAGAUUACACAGAUUCUAGGCAUGGAAGAUGACGUUGUGGUAGAAUUUGUGUAUAAUCAAUUGGAAGAAAAGUAUAAGUAGAGACCGUUGGUGGGGCUCAACCCUUUUGUCCAAAUGGCAUUCGGAUGUGCUCCUCCCUACAUCCGUAUGGCCGCCUUUGUAUCAGCCGUCGACCAUAGCGUCAACCGUUGGCAGCUGCUAUAUCAACAUCAGCUUAGAACAACUGCUGAAUCUUCAGCAUCUUGGCUGUAGUGGCAUCCUCAUUACAACGUCAUCGAGGGAAACGACUUUGCAUCGGUACUUUCACCGCAUCAUGCUGAUUCUGCCGAUCCUGUUUAUUUCAUCCUACUUUGGAGCUCUUCGUCCAUGGUGUUUCAUCACUUGGCGUAGUAGCUGACGAAGCUCGUGACUGCAGCCACGAGUAUUGUCUUCGUCAUAGCUGCCACUUCGAUAGAAGUGGUCUGAUGUCGAGCUGCUGUUAUGAGAGCUGUACCCAGCUUUCAUCUGGGGUUUGAGCGUCGGCAGCAUUCCAGAGGCUUUCUCCAUGGGAACAUCAUCUUUUCAACUUCCGAUUCCUGUCAACUGCAGUCAUCUAUCAACACCGAGAUCUGCUGGGAGCUACGUGUAGCUGCAGUACACAGCCGAUGUUGCAUGCUGAAAAUCAUCUUCAUCGGGCAUUAUCCAUGUUGCAUAAGCAUGGAUUUUUAUCGGAGCCGGUUCUACUUGCUGCUUGCAGAAAAACACCGAUCAUCAUCUGGUAUUACCAGGGAAUUCAGAAAUAUUUCCAGUCUACGCUGGAGGUAUCUCUUCAAUGGUUUGACAGUCUUUGUCAAUGGAACAGGUUGGUGAAAUGUUUCCUGACCCCCGAAAAAUGCAGAUCAACCUCACGGGUUUCUUGAAUGGAAGGAAUGCUCGAUCUUUCAUGGGUGAAUUGUGGGACCUUUUGGUCUCUGCUCAAGAAAGUGUUACGGGCAUUCCAGAAGCUUUCUUACAGCAAAAGAAAGAUCAGAUUAAAAAACGAUUGGAAGAACAAGAAAAACUUCAAGCAUCUUUAGCAGAAAAAGAAAAAGAAAAGGAACGCGAAAAAGAAAAGGAUGAGACGGACAAGAUAAAAAAAGAAGAAAAGGAACGUGCUUCAUCAAAAGAGCAUAGAAGAGAUAGAAGUAGAGAUCGUGAUAGAGACAGAAGUAAAAGAAGUAGAUCGAGAGAUCGACACAGAGAUCGUGAUAGAUCCAGCCGAAAAAGGAGAUCUACUUCGAGAUCGCCCAGCAAGAAUUCUCUUAAGGAUAACGGAAAAGAUAUGUCAGAUAUUAAAGUCGAACGUGAAGAUUCUCCACAACCUGAAAAUGCAAUACCGUUAAUGCCAGUUAAAACUAAACCGGAAGCGGCCGUUGCAAUAUCCAGAUUACAAGCAAAAUUAAUGAGCAUCGCUGAUGGUAAAAAGAAGAACAAUCGUACACCAUCACCCGAGUCAUUGGAUAAAACAACGAAGAAAUCAAGAUCAAGAUCCAAGUCACCAGGAACGCGUUCGAAGAAAUCUAGAUCUAAAUCACCUAGUCGAGAUUCCAAAUCACGUAGAUCACGUUCACCUGCAUCGAAAUUAAGAAGAUCCCGAUCAAAGUCUAGAUCUAGAAGAUCUCGAUCUCGAUCUCGAUCAAAGUCAAGAAGAUCUAAGUCACGUUCGCAAGAGCGUUUAAAGUCGAGAAGAUCGAAAUCAAAGAAUUCUAGAUCUCGCAGUAGAUCACAUUCUAGAUCGAAAAAAUCUAGAUCAAAAAGCGACGAUCGAAGUAAAUCUCGAAAAUCACGAUCCGUGUCGAGCGAUUCGAGAUCUACGAAAUCUCGUUCAAAAUCAUCCGAUAAACGAAAGGACAAUCUUGAUUCUAAUCGAAAACGAGAUAAUAGUACUAGCAGUAGUUCAGGAACGGAAGGUGACAAGGGUGCAAAGGAUAAAAAUGAUUUUGAAAUAAGAAAAAAGAAAGAUAGUGUGCAAGCCAAACGAUCUUAUAGAAAAACGAAUAAAGAUGACAGUGGUAGCGACAGCGAUUCAAGUCGUGAGAGAAAAUCAGCACCCAAAAGAAGAAGUCCAACACCACGUAAGGAGAGAGGCCGUUCCAAGGAGAGAGAUAGAUCUCGCGAUAGAUCGCGAGAUCGAUCGCGUGAUAGAUCGCGAGAUAGAUCACGGGAUAGAACAAGAAGGAGAUCUUUGGAUAGAGAACGUGAUCGACGAAGGGAACGAGAAAGAGAAAGAGAGAGAGAAAGAUUGGACAGAUACAGCGGAAAUCGUAACAUGCGGCCACCGUCUGUACGCAGAGCACCUAGUAGGCGAAGAAGUCCGCCACGUAGAAGCCCGGCUAGAUAUCGUCGAAGAUCUCCAAGUCCUGGAGACAGGCGUCGAAGAAGAUCUUUGGAUCGUAGGAGGAGAUCUUCGGAGAGGCGCGAUAGACGACGAUCACCCGAUCGUCGAGAUAGUAGACGUCGUUCUCCCGAUGGAAGGGAUAGAUCACACAGGUAUGAUAGAUCAUCCUCUCGUGACAGAUCGAGUAGACGAGAACGUUCCAGAGAUAGAAGGGAUAAGGAUCGUAGAUCGAGAUCUAGGGAUCAACGAUCAUCAGUGGAUCGUAUGAGAGAUGGGAAACGAUCUCCCGAUCGUUCGAAGGAUGGGAAGGAUAAAACGAGGGACAAGAAGGUUGAUGAUAAAGUUAAAAGAUCGACCGACACGGGAUCGCGAAAAGAAUUACGAAACGGAAGGUCUAAGUCAAGUAGCUCGGAAAGUAGCGAGAGUAGUACCUCUAGCAAUGAGGAUGAAACAGUUAGAAAAUCAACCGAAAGAAAAUCUCAAGAGAAGCAUGAGCGGGAACAGUUGGACGAGAAUAAGAGAAAAGAGAAGGAGAAGAUUCUUAAGGAAGAAACUAUGAAGCGGGCUGAAAAAGACGUGAAAAAGACCGAGUCAGUCUCUAUUAAAAAGGCUGAACCAAGCGUUUCGCCAAAGAAACAACAGAUAACUGCGCUUCCUGUCACCAGACAUAGGUUCUCUAAGAGUUUGUCCCGUACACCUUCACCAUUUAAGAAGACAGAAGACAUUAUUGCAGCUGCUAAGUUAAAACAAACUUCAAAAGAAGAUUCUAAGGCAGAAUCACCAAAAAUAGGCGAACCAAGUCUAGCAUCUGGCGACGCUUUUCUGUUGAAAAAAGAUGAAAGAACAACUAAAUCUGGUAAAUCUACAUCGGAAGAGAAGAGAACUGGCCAAAAGUCUAUUGAAACAAUAGCACCGAAAAAACCACUUGAUUCUAUAAAACGAGUAAAAAGAGAUAAACGAGAUGGAUCUACGGAGUCCGAUGAUAGUGAUACCGAAGGGAAAAAGAAGGUAAAGAAGAUAGAUAGGUCUAGGAAGUCUAGAAAAGUUUCUUCCGAUGAAGACAAAUCUGACAAGAGCAAGGCAGGUUCUAGUUCUGAAUCUGAAGAUGACAGGAAACAUCUAGACAAAAAUAAAAAGAGAGAUUUAAGUCGGGGAGAUUCGAUAGAUGAUCGAAAUAAGGAUAGAAAGGACAAUAGAAAACGUGAAGUAGUUGAAAGUGAAUCACGAAAGCGUAGCACGAAAAAGGAAAUAGAGGAGGAAAUAAAAAAGGCGAAGAGAUCUAGAAAAGAUUCUUCGUCUGGAGAAGAAGAUACAAAAUCAAAAAGAACUAAAAAUGAAGAUGACAAGUCGAGGUCAAGAAAAUCUAAGAAAGAUUCGAGUUCCGACGACGAACCGAAAAAAUCGAGGAAAAGAAGAGAUAGUUCUUCCGAGGAUGAAAAAACUAGAACGCGAAAAACAAGGAAAGAUUCAACCAGUGAUGAGGAAACGAAAACAAAAUCGAAGAAAUCUAAACGAGAUUCGAGCACGGACGAUGAAGAUAUUGCGGAAAAAGAUAUGAAGAAGAAGCGGAAAAUUGAUGAUAGCUCCGACGAGGAGAAAGUUAAAAAGAAACGUAAGAAAAAGACAAAAACUAGUACAAGUGAAUCAGAGGAAAGCGAAAUAGAGGAAAAGAAAAAGAAAAAGGAUAAGAAGCAUAAGAAACAUAAGAAACACAAGAAACAUAGAAAACACAAAAAGAAGAAGGUCGCAGAUUCUGACGAAUCUGAUGUAAGUGAAGGUAAUACAGAAGAGUUAGAAAAAAAACUUCGGGAGAAAGCAUUAAAAUCCAUGAAAAAAGGACAUAGUAUUGAAAGAAGUGAUUGAGAUUGUGUCGUAUCAAAGAUCGUGUUACCUAACGUGUAUUCAUACCACAAUGUACUUGAUCAAAUUGAUGAAUUGUCUUAUGAAUGACUUUUCCUGUUAUUACUGGAAAGGAAGCUAGGUUUCAUUACACAUUGAAUUUAUUCAUUAUGAAACCAGUUUCUAAUCCGUGCACUGACAUGUCAUUUAACAAGUAAUUCAAUCGUAUAGUUCUUAUCGUAUACUUUAGAGAGUGCGUAUUUUUAUUUUGAUUUUCAUUAUUGAUAUUACCAAAAGAUACUAUAAAUAAUUUCAUAAGUUGAUACAAAAGAUGAAUACAUCAGUACAUUAUUACAUUUAAA